GUCUUCGGUAUUUAGACCCGCCCUUUGGCUGCUGGCACCUCACCUCCACCAUUAAAAAUCAACUGAAGUCUUUUAUCUUGACAGCAUUCCUGCUCAUAUCUGGCAGCCAGUUCUGCGUUAAGCAGCAGCUCGUCUUCAACCAUUAGCUCCUGCUGUUUAGACAGGUCUGAGAAGAGACCAAGGACAGAAACGCAUUCCACUGCUCCAAGAGAUGAAAAGACUGUACAAAAGGAAGGAGCCUCCAGGAGCCGUGCUGGAGGAUCACUCAGUGGUGCAAGAGGCCCUUGUUCCCAGUAUGACUGUCUUCAAGCGAGCCAAGCGGAACAUAGGCACAAGAUGUCACAAUUACCGCGGUGAGAAAGUUUACCUUGGAGUCCGCGUCAGAAUGCCAGUAAGGGAUCUGUUGAAAAACAUCAGAGGAUCCCGAGGCGUGGACGACUUAAAUAAGGGCUCGAAAAAAGGCUCCGGAGACAUGAAACGUGCCAGGCCUCGUUCAAGAACCAAAGCCACCAGGGGAGAACACCCUGUUAAAAGCCUGGAGGAACUAGCAACCAUCUUGGAGGUUCUGGAAGACGAUCUUAGAACAAGCUGUGCUUCUCACUCCCCAUCCCAAAAUGUACCUUCUCCUGAUUUCUCAGCCUUUCGGGAACCUUCUCCCACCGAUGUGAUUCAUGGGGACGAAUAUGAUCAAACCACUCCAAGCCCAGAAUACUACACAGAAUUCUCUCCCAGCACCCCUGAAUACGACGUAGCGUGGUCUCGCCCUGACUGCAUGUUCUUCAGCCUCCAGCCCUCUUGUGUCGGCGACAUGCAAAUCCACAGUGACAGAGAGCAGGACUGGUUUAAGACGAAGCACAACUUGGAUCUGAACAGCUCCGCUUUCUUCUGGACACAGCUGCAGCAAGAGGAGGGCUGGCUGAGGGCAGCAUCUGAUGCUGAACUCCUGACCACCGAUGAGCAAGGGAGGAC